AUGGUGAGGCUCACUGCUGACUUGAUCUGGAAAAGCCCUCAUUUCUUCAAUGCAGUUAAAGAUCGUGAGUUAGAUCUUCGAGGCAACAAAAUAGCUGUAAUUGAAAACCUUGGUGCUACUGAGGACCAAUUUGACACCAUAGACCUAUCUGACAAUGAGAUUGUCAAACUGGAAAAUGUACCAUAUCUUAACCGUUUGGGUACAAUGAUCAUCAAUAACAACAGGAUUACUAGAAUUCAUCCCAACAUCGGAGAGUUCUUGCCAAAAUUACAUACGCUAGUUCUCACAAAUAACAGAAUUGUAAACUUGGUGGAAAUUGAUCCUUUAGCAUCCCUUCCAAAGCUGCAGUUCCUUAGUCUGCUGGACAACAAUAUUACGAAGAAAACAAAUUACAGGCUUUAUGUUAUUAACAAACUGAAAUCCCUCCGGGUUUUAGAUUUCAAGAAAGUGAAAAAUAAGGAACGGUUGGAAGCCAAAAACUUGUUUGCCUCAAAAGAAGUUAUAGAAGAAAUUCAAAGGACACCAGCCAAACCAUUAUCACCUCCAAAUGUUUCAGAAGCGACUGAGGAACAACAGACACCCAAAGUGAUUGCUCCCACACCUGAGCAAAUUACUGCUAUCAAGGCUGCCAUUGUGAAUUCUCAGACUCUCGAAGAGGUUGCUAGACUUGAAAAGGCAUUGAAGUCUGGCCAGCUUCCUGCAGAUUUAAAAGGCUUGAAUGAUAAUAUAGUGUUGGAUAAUGUUCAUGAAAAACCGGAAGACAUGAUUCAUGAUGAUAGAGGUCAAGCUGAUGCUAAAUCCAAUGAUACACAAGAGCAGAGAAAUGCUGAUUCUACUUCAAUGGAACAGGUAUAUGUCCACUUCUACAUAUUCUGCAGACUCUUCCUCGUUUCUAAUUCUCUUUACCCUGUACCCACUGUUUCAGACCCUAUUGAGUCCCUUUUUCUUGCUGUUUGGUUUUCCUGGGUUUGCUGUUUGGUUGAUGUUUUAACUUUACAUGAGAUUCAAGAGGUUUGGAAGUAUGGGAAAAGCUUGAUUGUCCCUCAUCUGAAUGAUACGCACGCUGAAGCCUGGAUCCAGAAUAGAGCAAGCCCCCAAGGCUUAUCUUCUUGUAGCAUCCCCAGUAGUGGAGAGGGGACAAUGAGUAAGGGAUUCGUAACAGAUAUGCUCCAAGAAAAAGACUUCCCUAUGGAAUAUCUCCUCUAUAAGAGGAAGUAG